CUGCUGAGGACAUGCUCACUUCCAGAUCUUUCUAAGCUCUUCCGAACCCUGAUGGAUGUUCCCACUGUAGGCGAUGUUCAUCAAGACAGUCUUGAAAUAGAUGAGCUUGAAGAUGAGCAUAUUAAAGAAAGGCCCUCUGAUUCUGAAGACACUGUGUUUGAAGAAGCUGACACAGAUUUACAAGAGCUUCAGGCCUCAAUGGAGCAGCUACUUAGGGAUCAACCAGUUGAUGAGUACAGUGAGGAGGAAGAAUCGGUCUUAAAAAGCAGUGAAGUGGAGCAGACAGCGAGAGGGGCAGAUGCGGCAGACGAGGAAGACAACCCCAGCAGUGAAAGUGCCCUAAAUGAGGAAUGGCACUCAGAUAAUAGUGAUGGUGAGAUUACUAGUGAAUGUGAAUAUGACAGUGUCUUUAACCAUUUAGAGGAACUAAGACUUCACCUGGAGCAAGAAAUGGGCUUUGAAAAGUUCUUUGAGGUUUAUGAGAAAGUAAAGGCUAUCCAUGAGGAUGAAGAUGAAAAUAUUGAAAUUUGUUCAACAAUAGUUGAGAAUAUUCUGGGCAAUGAGCAUCAGCAUCUCUACGCCAAGAUUCUGCACUUAGUCAUGGCAGAUGGAGCCUAUCAGGAAGAUAAUGAUGAAUAACCUCUGGACAUUCAACUAUGUGAAAACAUUUGAACUUGGCUCCUGGGAACAGAGAUUAUUUAUGAGAAAUACCAAAUUUAAGACAGACAUGUGUAUUGCAUGAAAAAAUUUGAGAACUGUGAUUUUUUUUUUUCUGACAAUUUAUCUAUUUUGUUUAUUGGAUUCUACAGAUGAAUCCUGUAGAAUGUAUAUUUCUUUAAAUCAACCCACCAAAGCAUUUACUCAGAACUGGAAUUAAUUAUGUUGAAAUUUUCUACAUGAAUAAGGGACUACUUUUAGCAACUGUUAUUCUGUGCAAGAAGUCGCCUAUGUCAUAAAAGGCCCACUUUUGGUGUUUCAUUUAAAUUUCAGCAUGACUUUUUUUCUGUCCAGGAUUUUUCAUCCUGGCUACCAGUUCUGCAUUAAGUAAUCCUAGUCAAGGGCUCUCUUCAAAUCUCUACAUUUGGAAGAUGAAAUUUUAGCCUUGAAGUUUGUAUUCUCAGGUCAUUUUUCAGCCACUGACUCCGCUGAGCUAGCUUGGUAGAGACAGGCUGUAAAAACAAUACUGAAUCAUUGAAAGAUUUGAUUGCGAAGGAAUAGCAAAGUUGUAUUUCCUGAUACUUAAAGUUCCUUAAUUUCUUCUCUUUCUCUUUAUACAACAGAUCUAAAAAUCAGGCUAUAAAUUUAAACAUGGACCUAGCAAAUAGCAUAAAAUUGCCCUUUUGGUUUUUAACUCCUCUCAUACAUGUGCUUCAGUGGUCAUCUGUAUUAUAAAGGAGAGAGGGACCUUUUUUUUUUGGCACUAUGACAAUUUAAUAGCUAU